AUGGUCCCUGUGCCGAAGAGGACUCUCAAGCUCGGUCGUGCCCUCAAGACUGCUGCUCGUCUGCCCUCACGCGUCUCGGGUGGCAGGGGCAGCGGCAGGAGUACCUUCUCGCCCCUGCCCGGUGAGGUACCCGUCGUCCUGCUCCGCGUGCAAGUCCUUGGAUGCAAGAACCUCUCUGCAAAAGACAGGAAUGGCCUUAGUGACCCGUUCGUUGUCGUCUCGCUGCUCAGGGACAGACAUCAAACCCCCGUCGUCAAGAAGUGCUCGAGCCCUGUGUAUGCGCCGAAAGAUGCGACGUUUGACUUUCCCAUAUACCUGUCUCUCGCUGACCGACUGGGUGUCAUCGAGUUUGUCAUAUGGAGUAAAGAUAUGCUCAGGAAGGAGUACCUUGGAGAAGCGAAUAUACCUCUCGAGGACUGGUUUAGGGACGGAAAUGGGUUUGGAUUUGACCAGCCGGAUAAUAAGCCCAUCGAUUCGCCAGUAGUGUCAACCCGAACAUCAACAAAUGCGACCGGUUCGAUUCAAAUCAAACUGGGUUUUGUAUCAUCGAGCGGCCAUGCCUCCAUAGUGAACUAUGACGACCUCUUCACGGAACUCGUCAAGCGCUCGCGCCCCAGUCUCGUCUCUGCGCCUCCGACGGAAGGAAUUGGCACUAUCCGCUCGCAUGUCACGGGUCCUGAGUAUCAGGAUGACGGUCUGACAUCCGACGAGGGCGAGGAGAGCGAGGAAGAUGAGGAGGAACCAGCAGGCCUUCCUCCAAUUUAUAUCCCUCCACUGCAGGCCGAUUUGCCUAUAGCGCAGCCUCAUCCUUCACCUUCAAUGGAGACACCUACGACAACCACACCAAUUCCGACUGUAACCCUUAAGACACCCACUGCGCCCAAACCCCCAUCACCUUCGUUCAAGAAUAUCCCAAAGAUUUUCCCGAGACGGUCACAUUCUGGUUCUAUUCCACAUGCUGAAUUGCCUUCCAGUUCUAGUUUGGCAUCCUCAUCCAGCUCACCGGGCCUGUCUCCUUCUACUUCUGGUACAUGCACCCCUGCAAAGGCGUCUGUAGUUUCAAAGGCGCGAUUUCGAAAGUCGUGGGCUGGUGGUAAAUCGAAAGAUUUCAAUUUUUCUGCCGCAAACGAUAUCUUGGGCAUUGUGAUGCUGGAGAUCCAGAGUGCCAUUGACCUCCCGAGGCUGAAAAAUAUGACACGCACUGGGUGGGAUAUGGAUCCGUUUGUCGUCAUCUCGUUUGGAAAGAAGGUGUUCCGCACGCGUGUCAUCCGGCAUUCACUUAAUCCAACGUGGGAUGAGAAGAUGCUAUUUCACGUUCGUAGAUACGAAACGGCGUUCAAGGUGCAGCUGACAGUCCUCGACUGGGACAAGCUCUCAUCAAACGACCACGUGGGCGACACGAGUUUCGAUGUUUCCGAGCUACUCGAUAAUGCUCCUCAAAAGGAUGAGGUAACUGGCCUUUAUCAGGACGACGUCGACGGGUCCCAUGCUAUGAAGGAAUUCAAACUGCCGCUCACGACGGGAAAGGAGACACCCUGGGAGGCUAAAUAUAAGCCUGUGCUUAGUAUUCGGGCUAAAUAUCAGCCAUACGAUGCUCUUCGACAACGAUUUUGGCGGCAGUAUCUUAAGCAGUAUGAUACAGAUGAUACUCGCACACUUUCACACGUUGAGUUGACCUCGAUGCUAGACUCUUUAGGCUCGACGCUCUCUCGCGACACUGUCAAUUCGUUCUUCACGCGUUUUGAUAAACGACCUCGGGAAGACGUGCUGUCGAUCGACGAGGCGAUCCAGUGUCUCGAGACGGAACUGUGCAGGCCGAGGAGUGAGAAAAAACUCCUCGAUUUCGAAGAGAAUGGACUUGACACUAGCACACCUGUUACACCCGCCGCCGUUAAUGGUAACGGCUUUGAACACCAGCUUAGCCUGAAUCUAGACAAGCUGGACUUUGCCGGUCCCCCCCUUAAUUUGUCGUUGUUCGGUGAGGCAUCUGACUCCGACCUGCUCCGUAAAGCCGACCCUCCUUCUCCACACAUGACGGAACCUAUGCAACGACCACUCGCACACGACGUCCAUCCAUCUACUUCUUAUUCGCGCCCAUCUCUCACUCCAUCAUCUACGCGACAGCUGACUGGUUCGCUCUCGGAUCCGGAAGACUCCUCUGGCUCAAGCGGCUCGCGGAGUGGCUCGAAGACCGGCGAUGACCUAUUCGAACGGGUAAUCAACAUCAAAGUCUGUCCUCUGUGCCACCGGCCACGGCUUAACUCGAAAGCGGAGGUGGACAUUGUCACGCACAUCUCAACAUGUGCGAGCCAAGACUGGUCAGCUGUAGACCGGAUCGUGGUCGGCAACUUCGUGACUGCAAGUCAAGCGCAGCGCAAGUGGUACACCAAGGUAAUCACGAAAGUCUCUAGUGGGAAUUACAAGCUUGGGGCGAAUUCAGCGAAUAUCAUCGUUCAGAAUAGGCUGACAGGCCAGCUGGAGGAAGAAAAAAUGCAGGUAUACGUUCGGUUGGGGAUCAGAUUACUCUACAAGGGCUGGAAGAGCAGAAUGGAGGGAAUGCGAGCGCGACGAUUGCUCAAGUCCAUGUCCAUCAAGCAGGGUAUAAAGUACGACUCGCCUCAAUCAGCUCGCGAGAUUCCCGCAUUCGUGGCCUUCCACAACUUGAAUGUGGAUGAAAUUUUAGAGCCGAUCUCAAGUUUCAAAACCUUCAACGAGUUCUUUUACAGGAAACUAAAGCCAAAUGCCCGACCCACUGAGAAUCCAGACGAUCCAUGCCGGCUGGUCAGCGGAGCCGAUUGCAGACUCAUGGUUUUUGAGACCGUAAAUGAGGCGACACGAUUGUGGAUCAAAGGACGCGAGUUCACCGUGGCGCGUUUGCUCGGUGACCAUUAUCAUGCCGAAGCCGAUCGUUAUGCGGGCGGAGCUUUGUGCAUAUUCCGACUUGCACCACAAGACUAUCAUCGUUUCCAUUCGCCUGUGGAUGGGACUAUUGGUCCUAUGACUUACAUCUCUGGCGAAUACUAUACCGUGAAUCCACAAGCGAUACGUACGGCACUGGAUGUCUACGGUGAAAAUGCGCGGAAGAUUGUUCCGAUUGACAGUCCUCAGUUUGGUCGCGUGAUGACUGUAUGUAUCGGAGCUAUGAUGGUCGGUAGUAUCAAGACUACAGUGAGAGAAGGAAAUCAAGUCAGACGGGGUCAGGAGCUUGGAUAUUUCGCAUUUGGUGGGUCAACUCUUGUCAUCCUUUUCGAAAAGGGCGUAGUGGAAUGGGACGAAGAUCUUCUGGUCAACAGCCGAGCUUGCUUAGAGACACUGGUAUACCAAAUCGAAUACCUUCAAUUUAUGCCACAAAUUACAUGCAUGUCCCGUAUCAAAAUCUUUCGCUUUCUCCCGCCCAACCCAAAUGUCCCGUCGAACGCAUAUACUCGCGACGACCUUGCCUGUGUCAUCCGUUCAUGCCGUCGUCUCCGCGAUCAGCUGCUUCAUAGCCUGCACCCACCACUACCCUCAACCAUGUCUAACUCAGGAUCAUUGCAUCCUCCUGUGCAUCGUGCACCGAGUGCCUUUAGUGUUCUGGAGGAGCCUGCGCACAUGUCAUGA